CUCGUUUGCUUUCAUUUGCUUCGGUUCUCUUCUACGGUCGAUCCGUUCACCUUUCCUUUCUUACGCUUCCUCCAUAUUCACUAUUCGUUCGUUUCGUUUGAAGGCUGAGCCAGUUGACUUCCUAUAUUCGUUUGGAGCCUCAGCGCUUCAAUAUUAUUUUAUUCUCUAAUAGUAUUCUUGACUAUUUCCCCCACCUAUACAGUCUCUUCCGCUCUCCUUCAUACGCGUAACCAUGCGAUUCUCCAGAAGCUAUGCGCCGGCAAUCUUUGCCCUCGUCUCUGUCGCUGCUGCCAGCCCGCCGCCAGCGAUUCAAAUCGUGACAGAGACGGUUCACCAAACAGUACAUGUGACCCUACCAGCAGAGACUAUACACAUGACGGAAACUCUCAAGGAAACCGUCCAUGUCACUCUGCCACCACAGACUCUAAAAGAGACUGUCCAUGUAACGUUGCCGCCGCAGACGGUGAAGGAGACGGUGAAGGAGACCGUCCAUGUCACUCAACCUCCAGAGACAGUUAAGGAGACGAUACACGUCACCCUACCGCCCCAAACUGUAAAGGAGACGACAACAGUGAAGGAGACAGUGCACGUUACGCAACCAGCAGAGACCGUGAAAGAGACGGUCCACGUUACGCAACCACCACAAACUGUCAAGGAGACGGUCCAUGUUACGCAACCGCCACAGACUGUUAAGGAGACGGUCCAUGUUACCCAGACUGUAAAAGAGACAUUGCAUGUGACAUUACCCCCCCAGACAGUUCACGUCCCGGUGACCCAGACUGUCCACGUCACGCAAACCGAAGUUAAGAAAGAGUCGAUUACGCUACCCCCUCAGACGGUCAAGGAGACAGUGAAGGAGACGGUCCACGUCACGAUCCCCGUAACGAAGGUGGAGGAGAAGCUCCUCACCGAAACGAAAGUACAGACUGAGCUUAGGACGCAGACGCAGACGCAGGUCGCGACUCAAACGAAGGUCGAGACCAAGCUUGAGACCAAAUUAGAGACGAAGCUCGAGACGAAGCUCGAGACCGUACACGUCACGCUCCCGCCCCAGACUGUUAAGGAGACCGUACACGUCACGCUCCCUCCCCAGACUGUUAAGGAGACCGUUCACGUCAGCGUGCCCGUUACCAAGGUGGAAACCGUCCAUGUUAGCGUACCAGUCACGAAGGUAGAAACCGUGAAGGAAACCGUCCACGUCAGUGUCCCCGUGACGCAGACGAAGUUGGAGACCGUCAAGGAGACUGUCCAUGUCAGCGUGCCCGUAACGCAAGUACAAACCGUCAAGGAGACUGUUCACGUUAGCGUUCCCGUAACGCAGGUGCAAACCGUCAAAGAGACCGUCAAGGAGACUGUCCAUGUCAGCGUCCCUGUGACAGUCACGCAAUCGGUAGCGGUCACCAGGGUCGAGACCGCGAAGGAGACGGUCCAUGUCAGUGUUCCUGUGACUGUCAAAGAGCCCGUCCAUGUCACCGUCACGGAGCCAGUACAUGUUACUGUGAAGGAGCCUGUCACUGUGAAGGAGCCUGUACACGUGACUGUGACGGAGGCCGUUCACGUCACCGUCAAGGAGCCGGUCCAUGUCACCGAAACAGUCCACCUGCCGCCGCAGACGGUCAAGGAGACCGUCCACGUAACCGUCACCGGCCACGCCGAGACUGUCAAGGAGACCGUCCAUGUAACUGUCACAGGUCACGCCGAGACGGUCCGUGAGACGGUGCACGUCACUCUGCCUCCUCACGUCUCGACAGUUUCCCAGGUCGUCCACGUUACCGUGACCGAAACCGCCCUCCCCGCGGCCCACUCGACCAUCGUACUCCCACCGUUCGUGCACGAAACUACGCCGGCCCUGGUCCAUGAGACGACGACAACUGCCUUGGCCCACCAGACGACGACAUCAGCGGCCGUGGUCCACGAGACGGCUACGUCAGCGGCCGCGGUCCACGAAACCAGCACGCAAGCUGCGGUUCCCGAAACCACUACGCAGCCCAUAGUCCACCAGACGAGCUUACUCCUGCCAGUGGCGCAGGAGACCGCCCUGCCCGCAGUUCACGAGACGCCGACGGCUGUGCAGCACGCCGCAUCGUCUAUUGCCCUGCCCAUAGUCCAAGUAACGGCCGCAGCUUCGCCCGUCGGGGCAUCGGCGGCGCCGACGACGAUUCCGCCGCUAGCAUCUUCGAUAUCACUCGGAUACAUGCUCCCGCAAAACGCUAGGCGGUGGCGGGCGUGAGGUAAUUAAAGGAGGGGGACCCAAAAGCGUGAUUGAAUAUAUACCUAUAUACAGUACACUGUAAGAGCGGGCGAAGAGAAAAUACUAUUAACGACGGGUUUAGCGGGAGGGGGGGGAUAAACACACUCUGAAAUACCGGAUGGGCUAUUCAUAGGG